GUGCUGGGCCCUGAAUGAGAACAUGGCUUACUGGUGGAUCAUCCGCAUCCCCAUCCUGCUUGCCUCCCUGAUCAACCUGCUCAUCUUCAUGCGGAUCCUCAAGGUGAUCCUGGCCAAGCUCCGGGCCAACCAGAAGGGCUACGCCGACUACAAGCUGAGGCUGGCCAAAGCCACCCUGACCCUCAUCCCCCUCUUUGGGAUCCACGAGGUCGUUUUCAUCUUCGCCACAGACGAGCAAACCACGGGCAUCCUGCGCUACGUCAAGGUGUUCUUCACCCUCUUCCUCAACUCCUUCCAGGGCUUCCUGGUGGCUGUGCUCUACUGCUUUGCCAACAAGGAGGUGAAGUCUGAGAUGAAGAAGAAGUGGCAGCUCUGGAAGCUCGACCACCCGGUGCUCUGCUGUGCCCAGUGAGGGGGUGACCAGCCAGGGCAGAGGGGCUGCUGGCCACGAUGGCCACAGGGCCUGGCUGCAGGAAGCU